ACGCGGAGCUCCACCCUUUAGGCUUCCCCAUCGAUUUUUACACAAGCCCUGUGCAGCGCUUUGUCGCAUCCCACAAACCACUGUUGGGUUGGAUAUCCCCGCGUGCAACACUCCUCCACCACCUCGGCGCUCAACAACAAUAUACUGUUAAACGUGAAUACUGUGGUAAACUGAGAAGAUGUCGCAAAAUAGUCAACAAGUGUCUUCAUCAGAUGCAGUAAAAAUAGUUGUUAAAUCUAACCAAGCAACAAAUGGAAAUGUUCAUCAUAUCGCAACGAUCGGUCUGGCUGAAUUGGCACACCGAGAGUAUCAGACAGGGGACUAUGAAAAUGCUGAGAAACACUGCAUGCAGUUAUGGCGGCAAGAUCCUUCCAACACAGCUGUGUUACUCCUGUUGUCCUCAAUUCAUUUCCAGUGUAGACGCUUAGACAAAUCAGCACACUUUUCAAUGUUGGCAAUUAAGCAAAAUCCAAUGUUAGCAGAGGCCUACAGUAACCUUGGCAAUGUAUAUAAAGAGCGUGGUCAGUUACAGGAAGCUCUUGAAAAUUAUCGUCAUGCAGUUCGACUCAAACCAGAUUUCAUUGAUGGAUACAUUAACUUAGCAGCUGCUCUUGUUGCUGCUAAUGACAUGGAACAAGCUGUCCAAGCCUAUGUGUCCGCUCUGCAGUACAAUCCUGAUCUGUAUUGUGUACGAAGUGACUUGGGUAAUCUGUUGAAGGCUCUGGGAAGGCUGGAUGAAGCAAAGGCAUGUUACCUGAAGGCCAUUGAGACAAGACCAGACUUCGCUGUAGCUUGGAGCAAUCUUGGAUGUGUCUUCAAUGCCCAGGGAGAAAUCUGGUUGGCAAUUCACCACUUUGAAAAGGCUGUUGCACUAGAUCCAAAUUUCCUUGAUGCAUACAUCAACCUUGGCAACGUUUUGAAGGAGGCACGACUUUGACAGAGUUCUUGUUUUGUAUUUUCCAGGGCUGUAGCAGCUUACCUUCGUGCACUGAAUCUUUCCCCAAACCAUGCAGUGGUCCAUGGAAACUUGGCUUGUGUUUACUAUGAGCAAGGCCUCAUUGACCUUGCAAUUGACACUUAUCGCCGUGCAAUUGAAUUACAACCAAACUUCCCAGAUGCAUAUUGCAACUUGGCAAAUGCCCUUAAGGAAAAGGGACAGGUUAAUGAAGCUGAGGAAUGUUACAACACAGCUCUCCGCCUCUGUCCUACUCAUGCUGAUUCACUUAACAACCUUGCAAAUAUCAAGAGGGAGCAGGGUCACACUGAAGAUGCUACUCGCCUCUACCUCAAGGCUUUGGAGGUGUUCCCAGAGUUUGCUGCUGCACACUCCAAUUUGGCAUCUAUACUUCAACAACAGGGUAAACUUAAUGAAGCUCUUAUGCACUACAAGGAGGCCAUUCGUAUCCAGCCUACAUUUGCUGAUGCAUAUAGUAAUAUGGGCAACACACUCAAAGAAAUGCAAGACAUUCAAGGUGCCCUUCAGUGCUAUACACGUGCCAUCCAAAUCAACCCUGCCUUUGCUGAUGCCCAUUCCAACUUAGCCUCCAUCCACAAGGAUUCUGGUAAUAUUCCAGAAGCUAUACAGUCCUACCGGACAGCACUGAAGCUAAAGCCAGACUUCCCUGAUGCCUACUGUAAUCUUGCUCAUUGUCUACAAAUUGUGUGUGACUGGACUGAUUAUGAUGCUCGCAUGAAGAAAUUAGUUGCCAUUGUGGGUGAGCAGUUAGAGCGUAAUCGUCUGCCGUCCGUACAUCCUCACCACUCAAUGCUGUAUCCGCUGUCCCAUGAAUACAGGAAGGCCAUUGCCAACAGGCAUGCAAAUCUCUGUAUGGAAAAGAUUAAUGUUCUGCACAAACAACCUUACAAGUACCCAUCAGAGGCGACGCCCGAAGGACGUAUACGUGUAGGUUAUGUUUCAUCUGACUUUGGCAACCAUCCCACAUCACAUUUAAUGCAGAGCAUCCCUGGUCUGCACGAUAGAUCGCGGGUGGAAAUAUUCUGCUACGCUCUGAGUCCAGAUGAUAGUACCACAUUUAGGAGUAAAAUUAACAGGGAGGCUGAACACUUUAUUGACCUUUCACAAAUUCCGUGCAAUGGCAAAGCAGCUGACCGUAUAAAUCAGGAUGGUAUCCACAUUCUUGUAAAUAUGAAUGGCUACACUAAGGGCGCUCGUAAUGAAAUUUUUGCUUUACAUCCUGCACCUGUUCAGGUCAUGUGGUUGGGCUACCCAGGCACUAGUGGAGCCCCUUUCAUGGACUACCUCAUCACUGACCGUAUCACUUCACCAUUAAGGGUGGCAUCACAGUAUAGUGAGAAGCUUUCAUAUAUGCCUGACACCUUCUUUGUUGGUGAUCACAAAAACAUGUUUCCUCAUCUUCAAGAAAGAGUUCUUCUUGACUCUAUUGUCAACCCAAAGCUGCUGAACAAUGAGCCCAUCAAAGAUAAUGUGGCAAUUAUUAAUACAACAGAUCUUAACCCUUUGAUUGAGAUUGCUGAAGUGCUGACUGUCAAGGAAGUGGUGAAACCAAAUACUACCAAAGAUUCUGUAGAAGUAGCAGUAACUGUUGCUCAACUUGCCACAACAGCACCUAUUGAGUCAAUGAUUCAGACUGGUUUGGCCCAAGCCACGGUGAAUGGCUUCAUUGUGCAGAAUGGCUUGGCCACCAUACAGAUGAACAAUAAAGCUGCUACUGGAGAGGAACCACCUAAGAACAUUCUGGUUACUGCACGUAAACAGUAUGGUUUGCCUGAAGAUGCUGUCAUCUACUGCAACUUCAACCAGUUGUAUAAGAUUGACCCUUCAACUCUUCAAAUGUGGUGCAAUAUCUUAAAGCGGGUGCCCAAAUCUGUUGUAUGGCUGUUAAGAUUCCCAGCUCAUGGAGAAGCAAACAUUUUAGCCCAGGCACAACACCUUGGAGUUGGACCAGGACGAAUUAUCUUUUCUAAUGUUGCUGCCAAAGAAGAACAUGUUCGUCGAGGACAGUUAGCAGAUGUUUGUUUAGACACACCAUUAUGUAAUGGCCAUACCACAGGUAUGGAUGUGUUAUGGGCAGGUACACCUAUGAUCACUUUGUCUGGAGAGACACUGGCCUCACGAGUGGCAGCCUCACAGCUUCAUUGUCUGGGAACCCCAGAUCUUGUGGCCACUACACGACAGGAAUAUGAAGAUAUUGCCUGCAGGUUGGGAAAUGACAGAGAAUAUCUUAAAGCUACACGUGCUAAUGUGUGGAAGGCUCGCCUGGAGUCUCCGCUGUUUGACUGCAAGACCUACGCCCGAAAUCUUGAACGCCUCUUCAAGCGAAUGUGGGACAAAUAUGCGGCAGGAGAGAAGCCAGACCACAUUACGGAGUGGUAGAUUAAUUUAGUCUAAGGAAUAAGUACUGUACUGAUGUAUAGAAAGGACUAUUUAUUCACAACCAAUUUGCAUCCAAUCACUGAAUAUAUGCACUGUAUCCCUUUAAAAUGGUUUUGGAUGACCAUGGUAAGUCUUAUCAUUAAUCAUUCCAUUACCAUUGGAUUGAGUGAGAAACAGUGGGAGGUUAUGAAACUUAUAUGUGAUACUGCUCUUUCAAAUUCACGUCAUCACUGUCAUGUUCUUCGUCAGUUCAAAUUCGCUGUUACUUGAUGUAUAGCAGCCAGUCAGUCAUAUUGUCACUAGUGGAUUUCAGCUUCUUUGUAUGUCCAACACACUUGUGUCAUUUACACUUGUAUCACUUGGAUGUGGAUGUUUUCUAGCUAGCUGUAUUUGAUAUUUCCUUGUACAUAGUACUAUUUGGUGAUCACUUGGAUUGUACACAUAUCCAGGCUACAAGAAAUGGACGAUCAUUAACUGAGAAUUAGUUGAUGGACUGAUAUGUUGGACAGGAUGUAUAUAGAAAAUUUUCAUGUAGGUUAAGUAUGCAUCAAAAGGCUCAGGAUUUUUUGAGUGUUAGUUUUUCAAAUACUAAUUUAAUUGGCAGUUUGAUUCUGCCUGCUAAAGCGCUGUUCUUGAUACUUGUUCAGGCCUGGUUGCACAGUGUCAGUUAAAUACAGAAAGACAGUCUUUUGGGUUGCCAUUCAUAAACACAAUGUUAAUGUUUUGCAAUACAACUAAUUAACCAUCUUACCCACUUUGAAGAUUGUGCACCAUGAAUUAUGAAUAUGUAGUGUUGAAACCUAGCUUUUUAGCACACUGUAAAUAUUAGAAUUCAGUAUCAGUGCAGUAUUUUAUUUUUUCUAAUUGCCCUUGCAAUUUUUAUUGCAAUUUGCCUUGGUCAAGUUUCAGUAGUCCUCUGUGAAUCUCGGGAGACACUCAAAGGUACACUUACAUUAUUGGGUCAUAAUUGUAAUUGGUAUCUGUUAAUUCCAAAAUUAGUCACAUUACCCUCAUUUACUUCCAGCUUCUUGCUCCUCAAUAUUCAUCCACCUUUUUGUCCAUGUCCUUCCUUUCUAGUCUCAUUUCACUUUUCUCCUCCCUCCUAUGUCUUUAUUUCUCCUCUUUUCCAUACUCUUUUGUCUUCCCUCCUUUACUGGUGUAUAUCUUCUUAUGAAGAUUAGUAUUCAUUUUUGAAUCCUUGUAGUUUUAAUAUAUUAGGGUGAAGAAAAACCCAUGCAGGAAAGGACUGAUUCUUAAGGUUACUUUAUAUUUAAUCCUACCCUACAAGUUCCUUACAUAGUAAUGUGAUUUUUAACCAUGUUAUGGUGUGUGAUAUUUGGAUGUUUUUGGGGUAAAGAGUGGAAUUGAUGCUUAUAUCUUUAUCUGCCUUACUUUCUCACUCGUGAAGUGAUGAUUCUUCAAAGAAGACAGAGGAUGGUUCCCACACACACACACACACACACACACAUUUUUUAUUUAAUUGUUUGGGCAUUCCAUUUUCAUGUAUGCAACAUUGUGGUUAUUAUUUUUUCCAUGUCUCUUUUGUUCCAAUUGAACACAAGGUUGGGCCACAAAGCUAAUGGGCCAAACUUAAAAACAAGUUUGAUUAUGCCUGGAUUGUGUUGCUUUCGUAAUUUUUAAAGCAAUUUGAGGGUAAUAAACGUAGAAUUCCAUGAUAGUGUAUAUGAACAUUUAUUCAGACUAUUGUACAUGGGCAUGGUAGUGGCAAAGUUAUUGGAGUGGCCUCUUCUUCAGACCAUACUGAGUAGCAAAAUGGGCCUAACAGCUAAUUGUAGGGAUUAAACAUGUGUAAUUUUCUCUGCUUCAUUUUAUAAGUAACUCAGUGUAUUUAAAGUGAUUUAGUAGAUGUAAAACUGACAGACAUGUUAAUGGAGAUAUAUCUGUAUUAUUAAACCCUAAGUACAUAUUCCCCUUAAAAGAAAUAUAUAUAUAUAUAUAUAUAUAUAUAUGUGGGGUCAGUCUUCUCAGACAAAAUACCAAAGUUACGUUUGGGUUUUUUGAUUUACUAAAUGUUUAUUUUUUUUAAGUGCCUCUUGAGUGCAUCUGCUGUAACUGAUUUUUUAAGGGUUUGUGUGCAUGGAGUGACCAGAAUUAUUCAGUCAUCCUCUGAUGCCUUGUAAUAAUUACAAUCACAUCUAGUCAGACAAAAUAUUAGAUAUGUUAUGGAAUCACCUAUACCAUCAUCUUUUCAGUGAAAAAUACGUAGUAUCAACACAUCAUAUCACUUUAUUCAUACAUACAUAUACUGAGUACUCAGCUGUGUCCAUGGCUCAGGUCUCCCCUUUACCAGCAGGAUCAGUACAGUAGUUUACAACUGGGUCGAGAUCUGUUAUGAAGUCAAAAUUCCAUUUCAUUAUUUUUUUCAUUUACAUUAAAUUCAUACUUAAUACAGUUACUACAUAUACACAGACAGAUAUUGUACUGUCAAACAGGGGUUUUAUAUGUUCAGCUUGAGGUUUGUCACUGAAGAUUCCUAGGACUAGCUUGGUACCUGUUAGCUUUGUCCUAAACAUGAAUAGCAUCUUAAACUUGUUUAACAGUUCCUCCAACAACCUUGUGACACAUUAUAAAAUGCUUUUAUUUCCCAUGAAAAUUAACUUUGCUGAAAAGACACCUCAAAAUAUAGGAAAUAAUUCAUUGUCUCAAUUUGGAGUAAAUUAUUUUGACAUUGUAUUGUAUAUACAGGAGUACCAUAAAUUCCAUGACCUGUCUAGUUUUCAUCAGUUGGUACAGUACAUCUCAAAGACUGUUCCUGAAGGGGGUUAUGUUAUAUGAAGGUAAGAGGAUCCACUUCUAAGCUAUUUGUUUAUGAACUUCAAGUCAGUUUAAUUCAUAUUCCAGUAUCAUCCUUAUAUGGUUUAUUAAGAAACUGUUGCCGCCAUCACUUGGUGGGCUUCACGUGUUCUUUACACAGUUGCCAUAAUUACCACCUAGAAAAUACUUGUAUUGUAUGCACAUAGGUAACAAUAACUGGGAUUCCAUAUCUUAAACGUCAGUAAUUGAUAAAACAUGCAACUGGUAAUUUUGGAUUUGUUGAUUUUACCUCAUAAAGAUAGAUUACUCCUGGUAGACACUAUACUGUAGUUGCUGGAAUGUCUGAAAGCUGAAGAACAUUCUGUCAAUUAGUAUUUAUAUUAUAUAUAUAUAUAUAUAUAUAUAUAUAUAUAUAUAUAUAUAUAUAUAUAUAUAUAUAUAUAUAUAUAUAUAAAAUAAUGUUUGUGUGUGUGUGUGUGACAGUUUUUUCAUUCCCCACUUCAGGGUACUUCUGUAAUUUUAAGAGAAAUAUUUGAAUAAAUAAAUUUGAUUCACAGAGUGUGGGUUGUUAGCUGUCAGUAAAUUUGAAAUGGUAUUGUCAAUUUGAAACUUUGGCAGUGUGAUUUAUCAUUACCUGGACUUGCCCAUAUACAAUAUAUACAUUUAUAUAUUUAUAUUUUUGAAUGUAGGAAUCCACAACAACAACUGGGCAUUCCUCUUAUCUUAAUGGCUUCUGUUUCUGCCCCUCAAUAGAUAUUGAAGUGACAAACAAUUUUCUCCCAUUAAAACUAUCAGAGUUGAUUUUGUAAUCCAAAUUGUACACAUUUAGGUUUUUAUAAUUUUCAUGUGACCCUUUUAAUUUUGAAAAGAAGGGGUAUCUUUAUUUCUCUGUUUCUUGUUCAAUGCUUUCUAAAAAUAAAUACAAAGCUUGAA